UCAUCCGGGCUGGCGAGUAGAGAACUGAAGCAUCGCACCCCUCGACCAGUUGCAACGACGGCAACGAACCCUAAUCCACUCCUGAAUCAGGCGAAGAAGGCAACAUCAAACCCGACCAACCCAGUAUUACGAGGCGGCUUGAAUCCGAAAAACCCUAACCCUAAUCCCAUUGUCGACGCUUCAAAUUUUCAUCUCGUCAAGUUGUGAGAACUGAAUUGGUGCUUGCCGAACCCGAGUCGGCGCAAUAGCUAACCCCAUCCCUCCGAGGAGUCCUCUGUGACAUGAUUCAGCUG